AUGGCGGGCUGGUUUGCGUCCUCCAACUCCGCCCUCGAUGAGCAGAUCGAGCGCGCGACCUCUUCGAGCUUAGAGGAUAUCGCCUUGAACCUCGAGAUAUCCGACAUUAUUCGAUCCAAGACUGUGCAGCCUAAAGAGGCUAUGCGGUCUCUCAAACGACGAAUAGGCCACAAGAACCCAAACUUUCAGAUCGCGGCCCUCAAUCUCACAGAUACCUGCGUCAAGAACGGCGGUUCUCAUUUCAUGGCCGAGAUCGCAUCCCGGGAGUUCAUGGACAACCUGACCUCAAUACUCAAAGCCUACGGAGCAGCAGAGCCGAACCAGGACGUGAAGAACAAGAUUCUGGAGCUCAUACAAUCGUGGGCCACAGCUGCCGAGGGGCGGAGUAACCUCAUCUACAUCAACGAAGUCUACCGGACAUUGCAGCGCGAGGGCUAUAAGUUCCCACCAAAGGCAGAUAUUGCCAGCAGUAUGUUUGAUAGUAGUGCGCCUCCGGAAUGGACAGACUCUGACGUCUGUAUGCGAUGUCGAACCGCUUUCACCUUCACAAAUCGGAAACAUCACUGUAGGAACUGCGGCAACGUCUUUUGUGGGGCUUGUUCAAGCAAGAGCUUGCCGCUACCACAUCUGGGGAUUAUGGAGCCUGUACGGGUGGACGAUGGCUGCUAUGCGAAGUUGACGGAUAAGUCUCGCGGCACUCCAGUACCGAAAGGCUUUGAUGCCAGCAAGCCGGCGAAGACACUCUAUCAAGGCUCGAUGGAACCGCGAAGCGCCCGGGUGGAGGACAGCUUCGAUGCCGAUCUAAAGAAGGCGCUUGAGAUGAGUCUGGAAGAGGUCAAUGGACACCAGAAGGGAUACGUUCCGCAGGCACAACUACAGCAACAGAAUAAGGCCCCUCCAAUAAACGGAACCACCAAACCAACUCCUCAGGCUCAACCCCAAGCCGAAGAAGAAGAGGACGAAGAACUCAAGGCCGCGAUUGCUGCAUCUCUAGCGGAUAUGGAGGAGCAGAAAAAAAAGCAUGCAUUGGCACUAAAGCAGCAAUCAUCUGCGUCAAACGGACUUCCGACAGUUGCGCCUAAGAACGACUUCGAGCUUACCCCUAUGGAAGCGGAAAACAUUAAUCUCUUUUCUACACUUGUUGACCGGUUACAACAUCAGCCUCCAGGCACCAUAUUGCGGGAACCACAGAUCCAAGAACUAUAUGAGGGCAUUGGGAAGCUUAGACCCAAGCUAGCGAGAACCUAUGGCGAGACAAUGAGCAAGCACGACACUCUUCUGGACCUUCACGCUAAACUUUCUACUGUUGUCCGCUACUAUGACCGGAUGCUUGAGGAGCGGCUCUCCAAUACAUAUGCCCAGCAUGGAGCAGCCUACGGAUUACCCCCAAGCAUGCAGCGACCGACGUCGAAUCUGUAUCCUACUAUCCAAGCAGGAAUGGCAGAUAGCCAGGCUGGAGAAAGUUUCUAUACUGGAAAUGCGGCCUCGUCUGAACCAGCAUACGCUCGACCGCAAUCUACUUACGCAUACCCAACGCCCCAGCAGCAAGCCCUAACCUAUGGGCAAUUCGACAAGCGGGCUCCGGUAUCACAGUACGGCGCACCCUCGCAAGAGCAAUCAUAUCAGCAACCACAGCAGCCCUAUCCAAAUCUGUCAGCAUACAGUGGUGGGCCGAUCGCGCAACAGCAGCGACCAGCCAGUACGACCUAUCAACAACAGCAAGCUCCUAGUGAGGGUUCGCCUCAUAUGCAGCGCCGAGUCUCUUCUCAGCAAUACCCGUCUCAGCCGGCCACCCAAUAUGCGCCUUCGCAGCCUUCCGCUCCAGAUGAUGCAACCGCGUCGUACUACUACGGCGACCAAGCGCCAUUGCAACCCUCGGCGCCUCAGCAAGAGACUUACGCACCCACGCCCCUACUUCAACACCAGAAGCCAGCCUCUCCCCAACAAUCACCAUUAUCACCACCGCAAGUCUCUCAGCCGCUCCCAACACCACAAAAUCCUCCGUAUCCCUCCCAAGCCGCCCCAUCCACGUCCUACUGGCAACAGCCAGACACAGUAUCCGCACCGCAGCAACAAGGUCCAACGCAGACAUUUCAACAACAAACUCAACCGCAAGCUGCUCCAGCUCCAGCUCCAUCCCAGCCACCUGCCGCUCAAGCCCCGCCACAGCAACACCAGCAGCAACAAACUUACUGGCAGCCUCCCGCCCAACAGCAGCGUGCGCCGCCCGCACAAGCUGCGGUACAAUGGCAGCCACCGCCUUUUGCGACUGGUGGUUACGGUCCGGAGAGCUUCCCGGCGGCACCACAACAUCAGUUACCUGUCGCGCCGAAGGUAGAGGAGGCCUUAAUUGAGCUGUAGGUUUUAGUUGAUCGUUGAAUGAAUCUUUUGGGGAGCUAGUUUGCGUGCUUACAGGGGUCGGCGUCUUUAUUCUGUCUGGGGUAUGAAUCGUCUAUAACUGCACCACGGUUUGGUAGGUCGGUGGGUCGGUAGUCAAUCAUUGCUUGCGCUUGCAUUUGGUUGAGGCGUUCUGAUUCAAACGGGUCGGAGGGUGGGUAGUCUUUAUGCCUCCCAGGACGGUUUGUCGCAUUUUGCUGCUUUUCGAGGUGCCAGACUGGCCACGGGAGAGGAGGGGACGGGAAGACAGAGCGCAGCAUUAGGUAGAUUGAAUGGCCAGUCGUGGUUUGUAUAGACAGAGUGUGUAAGAGUCAAUUUUCGAAACCUCAUAACGAUGGUGAGCUGUUUCUGCCUGCUUUUUCGUUUCUUCGAUUGCCAGAGACAAAUCCAAAUAAACUUUUCCUAUGUCCCUCUCUCUCGGCCACCC